UGUGUCAUUGUUCUCUACAGGUUGGAGGAUUGUGGUGUCACAGAUGAAGGUUGUGCUGCUCUGGCUUCAGCUCUGAGAUCAAACCCCUCACACCUGAGAAAACUGAAUCUGUCUGGGAAUAAACUAGGAGACUCUGGAGUGAAGAUGAUUUCUGCUGGACUGGAGAAUCCUCACUGUAAACUGGAGGAACUGUGGUUGAUGGAUUGUGGUGUCACAGAUGAAGGUUGUGCUGCUCUGGCUUCAGCUCUGAGAUCAAACCCCUCACACCUGAGAAAACUGUAUCUGUCUGGGAAUAAUCUAGGAGACUCUGGAGUGAAGAUGAUUUCUGCUGUACUGGAGAAUCCUCACUGUAAACUGGAGGAUCUGUGGUUGAGGUAUUGUGGUGUCACAGAUGAAGGUUGUGCUGCUCUGGCUUCAGCUCUGAGAUCAAACCCCUCACACCUGAGAGAACUGAAUCUGUCUGUGAAUAAACUAGGAGACUCGGGAGUGAAGCUGAUUUCUGCUGUACUGGAGAAUCCUCACUGUAAACUGGAGGAACUAGAGUUGAGGGAUUGUGGUGUCACAGAUGAAGGUUGUGCUGCUCUGGCUUCAGCUCUGAGAUCAAACCCCUCACACCUGAGAGAACUGGAUCUGUCUGGGAAUAAACUAGGAGACUCGGGAGUGAAGCUGCUCUCUGAUCUGAAGAAUGAUCCACAUUAUAAACUGGAGACACUAUGGACAUGACAGUCUGAUCUAAUCAUGAUCAUCUGAUGGUGAAUAAGGAUCCACUACAGAGACUCAGUCAACAGAAUCAACAGACUGAAGAUACAGUGACUUCACUGUUAUAAAUUAAGACUUCAUUUAGAUUUCAACGAUCCUCUGACAGACCUGAUGAGGUGGCAGUGAAGCACCUUUUAUUUCAGAGCAGCAAAUUACAGUUUCUCAUUCAUUGAUUAACCAUUUUAUUUGUAUAAAUGCACUGUAUAAAUUCAAAAAGUUACAGAGAAAAUAUAGAGCCUGAAUAUAUUUGUGUUUGUGUUUUACCAGCAGAGGGAGACAAAGACAAAUGAAAGAUUAAUUUUUCAUGAUUAUGGAGAGAGAGAGAAAAAAACAGUUCAAUCUCACUUUUGGAAUACAAACAAUAGUUGUAUUAUAGUUAUACUUGUAUUACAUUUGUAUUAAUGUAUUUAGUAUGUCUUUUUUUUAAAAUAAUAAAUGGUGGUAGCAUUCAUUAAA